CACAAUGUUCAUAAUGUUAUAUUAGGUAAAAUGAAAUUAAUAACAAUAAAAUGGAAAGCAAGCGAGACCCCCGCUUGCUUUUCACUACGGCAACUUUCAUAAUGCAGUAAAUAAAAGCGAGAAAUAGUGCUCAUCUAAUGGACUAAAUUAUCUUGAAAGUUUGUCAUACAAGAAAGAAGAAUUCACGUUUAAUUGUGAAUACUGAAUUCGUGAAAGUAUCCUCGGAAAAUGUUACGAACGAGAGCAUCAGUAAGGGACAGGCUUUUUUAUCGGUUGUUAAGGACUCAAGGUCCGAACGCCGACAGCCUAUGCAAGAAACUGGGUGACAAUGUGAAAAACGUUGUUCUUUUAACGGAAGAUGAACUUCGUGAGCUAUGGAAACACGUGAAUGAUAUAUUGGUAGACAUUCGCAAAUUUUACACAAACACAUCAUGUGAAGAAAGUAGACGAAAAAAUAGUGAGAGAGCGAGUAAUCUUAUGUUGGUGCGAACGAUAACUUCCUUGGCCCUCGAAACAAUUGUGCAAAGGUCAUUUGUAUCUAAUAUUCUGUUACAAAGCAUGUUGCUGUUGCACUCUACUAUAUUACCCAACAUAUGUCAUGACCAGACCGAAAACGAAAUAUCAUAUUUAUUAGAAAACUGGUGGCAGUUAGACUUGAUAUGGAAAGAAAAAAUGAUAUUAAAUGCAAUAAUGUACCUCAUUCGGAAAAGCAGAUUCUCAUUGCAACAUGUAAAACGUCUAUAUUCCAUAAGAUCUGCUAUAGCACUGUUAAGAUGUACAGAGAACAUAGAAGAGUUACUUACACUUGUUCGAGAAAAAACUGUGAUGUCACUUCAUGAAGGCCAGUUGCUGUUGCUGCACUUGUUCACACUUGGAGAUGGAUACAUAUUGAGAAUUCAUGAUAAUAUAAAAGUAAUGUUGCAACACUCUAACACAAAAUUAGCCAUUGAUGCAUAUGCAGCUUUAUAUGCAAAAGCAUGGCUAAGUGGAACAGAGAAGGUACAGCAGUUUAUACAAGAAAAUUGUAUACGGGACAUUGUUUAUCACUGCUUUAGAGCACAUAGAGAUACUAAAGGAAAAGGAAUUCUUGGUGAAAACCUGUUUUCAUUUCUUACUGCUCUGCACGAUAACGAAAGUUCCGCAUCGAGACUCAUGGUUCACAACGAAUGUGCAUCUUUACUUUGGCAACAUUUGAAGGCACCUGGCUCUUUCAUUAGAUGUAAUGCUGCAGAGAUUCUUUUUAUAACAGCUCCGGUGCAGUAUGAAUGUGAAUCAACAGUUAAAAAGCGAAGUUAUCUGUCCAAGCAUCAUAACGCAAUAACUCAGUUAUUAAAGGAUUCGAAUUCUGAAGUCUGCAAUAUUACUAUCAAUGGUAUGUUUGAAAUGUUAAAACAAUACUGGAGUUGUAUUCCAAACACUAUGAUUCAAAAUUGGUUAGGCAUUCUCUUGUCUUAUACAAAAAGUGCCAGUAAUCCCGAAAUUAGAGCUAACGUGUUCAUCGGUUUAAGAAAGAUUAUGAUCAGAGAUGAUCCUCAUAUGCUGCUUGAAGAUUUUUUGCCGAAUUUCAUGCUCAGCAUUUACGACGAAGAGAAAGUGGUAUUAAAAGCGUUAAUUAAAUUUUUGUGGCAUGCACAAGACGAACUUGAAAUACCGUUUUGGAAAAUAGUUCCUAUGGACUAUAUUUUCAAUCGCUUGGAGACUACGGAGGACUCAUUUUUGUUGCGAGAAUUAAUAAAACUAGUUUGGCUGCGCAUAUCGUCGGAUAAUAUGCAAGAUGAAAUAAAAGAUGAGAUAGUGCAUGCGGGCACAAGCAAUAUAAAUGCCAUUAGACGAUUCUGUUUGCAUUCCAAAUCUAUUGUAGACUAUAGAACUUCUGUAAAACUUAUUGAAACUUUACUAUUCUUGAUAAAGAAAGAAAUGAACCGUGUAUAUAGACUUCGCAGUACGAGAACGAAAACAGACAGCAGUGGAGACAACAGUUCUGACAGUGAUUCCUCAGAGGAUGAAAGAGGGGACGUUGAUCACGAAAAGAUACAGAUAUACAUCGACGUUAUGGCUACAUUAAUGGAAGCAAAUGCAGAGAGACAAGAAUUUUAUAGUAAGAAUGAGAAGAUUUUGAAAACAAUCGUGGAAGCAUUACCAGAAAUCUUUAUUUUUUUUAAGGAGUCGCCAUUAAAGGGAUCGGUAAUGGUUCUAUUUUCUACAAUACCUUCAACUUAUUUCGAUAAUAACUUUGACAUGAUGGAGAUGUUAAUACAUGAACUGUGUGAUUUCAAUAAUUCUGACGAUGUACUUCUUGCACUGAUAUAUGUUUUUACUAAAUGGAACAAAAGCGAUAUAGUUUUAUCUGCGUUAACAACUCUUCUUACAACAUCUUUACGAAUGACCGAACAAGAUGAGGAAACUGAUAGUGAUACAGAGAUUUUCCAAGUUAAUGAAAACGGUUUAGAAUUAAGUCUACGUAUUUUAAGACACUUACUGCAUGCUGAAUAUAAACCAGUUUUAAUGCAUAAAUAUCAUAAUGAUCUGGUUGAAUUUUGGAAGGCUUUAUACAUUAUAAGAACCUUUAUAGAAAAUGAAUUGGAUAAUAAGUGCAAUAUACGUAGUCCGAUAGUCAAAGAUACAAUUAACCAAAUUUUUAAAGAAUAUGUAUCGAUGAUCUCGAUAUUACAUAAGAAAGAUGUAUUCGAUGCGACGAAACAUUUGACAGAAAUUUUGUCGUGGGUCAAAAGGAUAAUCGAACCGCACAUAUUGUCUAUAGACGUCAGAAACUUACAAGAUCAUCAAAUUUGUAUAAACAUAGUAAGAAGUAUCUUCCACGCAUUCAACUCGCUAAUGAAAGAUUACAAUAGUACCCCAAAAUUGUGCUGUGAUAUCGUACUUUUGUAUUGCCAUUUUUUGACUUUAGCAAGUGGUGUAGUCUUUCUUAAGGAUGCGUUUGACGGAAUGUUUGUGUUACUAGAAUUUAGUAAAAUGGCCUACGAAAAUGGAGAGACAAGUCUGCUAGGAAUCGUUGUACCAAAUUUUAUAAGUGUCACAUUGACCGCGUUAAACAGAUACAGCAAAGAUAUAUUACCUAUGUACAUAGAUAGCUUGAAAGUAUUGCAUGAACUGACGAAUAAGUAUUUCUCAGUGACGAGCAACCAUGCAUUACAUAUUUCAUACAUGUCUACCUUGCUCAACACUGCAGUCAGUAAUAUAACUACAAUGAUGACGCCCGUGCUGGAAUACUCACGCAUUAAAAAAGCUAACAUUUUAUUCAUCCAACUUCCUUACCUAGCGAAGAGAAUAGUGAGAAUAAUCUUAAGUACAGUAAAAUAUCAAAAAGUGUGUAUACAAGUAUUGUCGAAGACAAUAACGAAUUACACAGAAACUGAUAUGUUUUCCGCUCUUUUAAUAAUGUAUAAAAUGCUUUCAUCGACUGACAAAAAAUUCAUUAAUGGACUUAAGAAUCUGACGGUGGCAACCAAACAACGAAUCCGAAAACAAUCGUAUAAUGGUGCCUUAGACAGAUCUUUGAAAUCUGCGUUGAACAUAAUUACAAAUGCAAUAUUGAAACAUUAACUUGACUACCAUCUGUCGUACUUAAGUAUUUACAUAGAUCAAGAUUAAAUUAUAUUUAAUUAUUUUUACACUUUUUCCCGUAAGCUCCAUUUUAUAAAACUUAGCAAUAACACAUGUAUCUCCUUUGCAUUUUUCUUUUAUAAAGUCAAAGAGAGUACCUACAGUUUUAUAUAUAUUUUUAUAUCAUGUUGAGUAUUUUUGCAUAAGUGAAAAAGUACAAAACUUGUAGUAGUAUUAUAUUAAAUACCAAAAGACAUACUAUUUUUAAAGUGAAAAAUAUAUUUUUUGUUUACAUAUUAUGGAUAAAAUUACUUUUUAUGUUGCAACGUGUUACUAAUCUACGUUUAGUUUUAUAAGCGAUGUUAAUAAAUUACAAAAUUAUAAUUAAUACAAUUGGUAUGUUUUACGAUUUACUGAAUCACUUUUACACUAUUUAACCAGAAAACGUUAGAUUUCUCAUCUGUCUAACAGCAGCUACAACUCGAGCACUGCAUCCUGAGCUCCCGCUCUGAUAAUCUUCUGGUGAUAGUCUUAAUAAUAAAGACAUAUGUUGAAGGUUUUCUGAUAACGAUA